UUAGGACGCUGGACUCGCCCAGAGACGCCGCUCCAGCCACUCCCUGCGCCCGGCGGACCCUGCACUCUCUCAGCCCAUCCAGCAGCAGCUCCAUUCAAAAAAGUGCCGAGAUCCGGAUGAGAGCCGCGUUCAGCCUCAUCCAGCGCAGCAGAACUCAACUCCCAGGAAGCGGGCAAGGGGCUUCAGGAGUCCACUCCACACUUUUGGGAGAAGCGCCUCUGGGAUCCUACUUUUUUUUUUGUUUUUUUUUUGUCCGCAGAGGGGAUUUUUUUUUUUGUUAAGGACGAGAGGGAGCAACUUCUGCGGAGAUAAAAGAGGGGGGGACACCGGCAGCCAAAAUGGAGGUGAAGACGUCACUUCUAGACAACAUGAUCGGGGUCGGGGACAUGGUCCUCCUAGAACCCCUGUCUGAGGAAUCGUUCAUCGCGAAUCUGAAGAACCGCUUUGACCACAAUGAGAUCUACACGUACAUUGGCAGUGUGGUGAUCUCCAUGAACCCCUACAGGUCCCUGCCCAUCUUCACGCCAGAGAAAGUGGAGGAGUAUCGCAACAGGAACUUCUAUGAGCUUAGUCCGCACAUCUACGCUCUGGCAGAUGAGGCCUACCGUUCACUGAGGGACCAGGACAAGGACCAGUGCAUCCUCAUCACAGGGGAGAGCGGGGCUGGGAAAACCGAGGCCAGUAAGCUGGUGAUGUCAUAUGUGGCAGCGGUGUGUGGGAAGGGCCAGGAGGUGAAUAAGGUCAAGGAACAGCUGCUGCAGUCCAAUCCCGUGCUGGAGGCCUUUGGAAACGCCAAGACAGUGAGGAACGACAACUCCUCCAGAUUUGGAAAGUACAUGGACAUUGAGUUUGACUUCAAAGGAGAUCCUCUGGGUGGAGUCAUCAGCAACUAUCUGCUGGAGAAGUCCCGCGUGGUGAAACAGCCACGAGGAGAGAGGAACUUCCACAUCUUUUAUCAGCUCUUGUCCGGAGCGUCCGAUGACACACUCAAGAAGCUGAAGCUGGAUCGGGACUUCAGCAAGUACAACUACCUGAGCCUGGACUCCGCUGCGGUCAACGGGCUGGAUGAUGCAGCCAACUUCAGGACAGUGAGAAAUGCCAUGCAGAUCGUGGGCUUCAUGGAGGACGAGGUGCAGUCGGUGCUGGAGCUGGUGGCGGCCGUGCUGAAGCUCGGCAACAUCGAGUUCAAGCCAGAUUCGCGCUCCAACGGCGGCGACGAGAGUCGCAUCAAAGACAAGAAUGAUUUGAAGGAGAUGUGUGAGCUGCUGGGGAUCGAACAGUCGGUGCUGGAAAGGGCGUUCAGCUACCGCACAGUGGAGGCUAAGCUGGAGAAAGUGUCCACGACCCUGAAUGUGGCCCAGGCCUACUAUGCCCGAGACGCCCUCGCCAAAAAUCUCUACAGUCGUCUGUUUAGCUGGCUGGUUACCAGGAUCAAUGAAAGCAUUAAAGCACAGGCUAAAACUCGUCACAAGGUCAUGGGCGUGCUCGACAUCUAUGGGUUUGAGAUAUUUGAGGACAACAGCUUUGAGCAGUUCAUCAUCAACUACUGCAACGAGAAGCUGCAGCAGAUCUUCAUCGAGCUGACCCUGCGCGAGGAGCAGGAGGAGUACGUCAGAGAGGGCAUCGAAUGGACCAACAUUGAAUAUUUCAACAACGCCAUUAUCUGCGACCUCAUUGAGAAUCAUCAAAAUGGCAUCUUGGCCAUGUUGGACGAGGAGUGCCUGAGGCCGGGGACGGUCACCGACGAGACCUUCCUGGACAAACUGAACACCAUCUGCGCCGAGCACCAGCACUUUGAGAGUCGCCUCAGCAAGAAUUCAAAGUUCCUCACCGACCACAGCCUGCCGCACAGCUGCUUCCGCAUCCAGCACUACGCCGGCAAGGUGCUGUACCGCGUGGAGGGCUUCGUAGACAAGAACAACGACCUGUUGUAUCGGGACCUGUCGCAGGCCAUGUACAAGGCCACCCAAAGCCUCAUCAAACAGCUGUUUCCUGAAGGCAACCCAGCCAAAGUCAACCUGAAGAGACCACCGACCGCUGGGUCCCAGUUCAAAGCCUCAGUGGGUACGCUGAUGAGGAACCUGCAGACCAAGAACCCGAACUACAUCCGCUGCAUCAAGCCCAAUGACAAGAAGGCCUCCCACAUCUUCACCGAGUCUCUGGUCUGCCAUCAGGUGCGCUACCUGGGCCUGAUGGAGAACGUCCGCGUGAGGAGAGCGGGCUACGCCUUCCGCCAGGCCUACGAGCCCUGCCUGGAACGCUACAAAAUGCUCUGCAAACGGACCUGGCCCCACUGGAGAGGACCUGCCAGGGAAGGAGUGGAGGUGCUGAUGGCCGACCUCCAGGUCCCGACGGACGAGUUUGCUUACGGACGCUCCAAGAUCUUCAUCAGGAACCCAAAAACGCUCUUCUUCUUGGAGGAGAGGAGGAGGCAAUGCCUGCAAGAUCUGGCCACGCUCAUUCAGAAGAUCUACCGUGGCUGGAAGUGCCGCACCCAGUUCCUGCUGCUGAAGAAGAGUCAGAUAGUGGUGUCAGCCUGGUACCGCCGAUACGCGCAACAAAAGAAAUACCAGAGGAUCAAGAGCGCCACCACUUUGGUGCAGUCCUACACCAGAGGAUGGCAGGCCCGGAAACUCCUGAGACAACUGAAAUAUCAGAAGCGAUGCGAGGAGGCAGUGACCACCAUCUCAGCCUUCUGGCACGGCACCCAGGCUCGGAUGGAGCUGAGACGUCUAAAACAAGAAGCGCGGAAUAAACACGCUGUGACAGUAAUUUGGGCAUACUGGCAGGGAACCAAGGCCCGGAGAGAGCUGCGUCAGCUGAAGGAGGCGGCGAGGAAUAAACAUGCCGUGUCGGUCAUUUGGGCCGGCUGGCAGGGCACCAAGGCUCGCAGGGAGCUGAGGCGACUGAAGGAAGAGGCCAGGCGUAAGCACGCUGUCGCUGUGAUUUGGGCCUACUGGCAGGGACUCAAGGUUCGCAGAGAGUACAGGAAGUUCUUCAGGGCGAACGCCGGCAAGAAGAUCUACGACUUCACCAUCCAGAGAAUUAUGCAAAAGUACUUCCUGGGCCUGAAGAGCAACAUGCCCCCCAUGUCACCCAUAGACAAGAACUGGCCCACCAGGCCUUACCGCUUUCUGGACGGAGCCCACAAAGAGCUGCGGAGAAUCUUCCACCUGUGGAGGUGCAAGAAGUACAGGAGCCAGUUCACAGAGGAGAAGAAAGCAGUAUAUGAGGAGAAGCUGGAGGCCAGUGAGCUCUUCAAGGAUAAAAAGGCUCUCUACCCGAGCAGCGUGAACCAGCCUUUCAAAGGAGACUACCUGGAGAUCAGCAAGAACCCCAAAUAUCAGAAACUCAACAGCGCAGUGGAGGAAAAGGUCCUGCUGGCUGAUGUGGUCAACAAGAUUAACAGGGCCAACGGGAAGGGCACGGCUCGAAUCUUCCUGCUGACCAAGAAGAACGUCGUCCUGGCUGACUCGAAGACGGGCCAGGUGAAGGCCAGCGUUCCUCUGCCGGAUCUCGCCAGCGUGUCAGUCAGCACGCAGAGUGACGGUUUCUUUGCUCUCAAACUCAAAGAGGGUUCGGCCUCAGCCAUCAAAGGAGACUUCUUACUCAGCAGCGAACAUCUGAUUGAGAUCAUCACCAAACUCCACCGCACCGGGGCCAAGGCCGCAGACAAGGAGCAGAUCAACGUCGACAUCUCAGACGAGUUUCUGGUGCAGUUCAAGCAAGACAAAGUGUGCGUGAAAUUCAUCCAGGGAAGCCCAAAGAACGGCAACGGCGCGUCCUGCAAGCGCAAGAACAACCGGCUGCUGGAGGUGUCGGUGCCCAUGACGGCAUAGUGCGGCUCCCUCGUCAGCUCUCCAGUGCUGUUCCAGUGCUCAGAUUUGGGGGGCGAUUGUUUUUUUUAAAAAACCACCGCACCACUCGGUAACCUCUCGUCUCAAGCCCCAUCGCCCCAGUGCCCACCCUAAGCCCCCCCCCCCCCCAAAAAACAUGGGAGUGCAGUAAUUUGGCUUGUUGUGUUGUUGUUUUUUCUCCCCAUCAGUCUCUUCUUAUCAGAUUUACUAUGGCACCACUAUAGCUGUAACCACGUGCCACUUUUUUGGCAAAGAAAGCCCGUAUCUGGGUUGCAUGCCACAGAAAUUUGGUGUUUCAUUGGUGUUUUGUAAAACUGGGGUAAAGAGUUGGAUGAGGAAGGAGAAAAAAAAGAGUCUCGACGGAAGCAUAAGAGACGUUCUGUAUACCAGUGGUGACAACGAUUGUUCUGCCUGUAUGUUGAAAUUCAGAGAGAAAUGUCAUUCUAAGAACUUUGUGACGAGCUCCAGCCUCAACUGGCCUCGACUCAUCCAUUUUUUAAGCCGCUCUUUGGCUUAGAAUUUAAGAUGACUUGGAAACUUUUGGGCUGUCAGAAGUAGUUUUCUCCGAAAGGAACUUAAACACUGCACUUGUUUUCACCUCGGUGUAACCAAAAGAGGAUGACCUGAAAAAAUGGAUUUGAUUGUAUGUUGUAUUAUUUUCUAUAUAUAUAUAUUUUUUUCUCUGAAAUAAAAAAGGUGGGCAGUUGAGAAGUCAAAUGUAAUUUGCUAGAUAAUUGUAAAACAGUUUUUUUUGUGUGUGUGUGUGUAUCCGCAAUUUCCUAUGUGCCAUUGAACAGGUCCCAUGACUUGUCACAUGUCAGCGUACAAAUGUAAACAGAGAAAAAAAAACAUGUAGGUGAUUGACCCUGAUCAGUUAUUGACAAUAUCAUUGCCAAACUUUUCUUUUUCUUUUUUCUUUUUUUUUUUUGAAUAAGGGACAACCUGUGGUGGAGAUUUUUCCUUGUACGUUCUUUGACUGCACAUGUGACCAACUUCCAUUUCCUCUCCAAGCACAGUACAAUUUAUUGUGAUCCAAGCUUUUUAUUUAAUCGAAGAGUGAAUUCAUAUCCUUAACUCAAAGAAACGUCACGUCUGAAUCACGGAGGACCCUCUCGCUUUAUGAGGAGGGGUCUUUGAUUUAAAAGAUACGGACAGAGGCAGGACAGACAUCUUGGUGGAAGAGGAGGCGGAGGUAACGCACCUUUCCACGAUGUCUUCACCACGAUAAAAAACCCUAGACUUUGAUUUUUUCUUUUCUUUUCUUUUGUGUGCAAUAAAUGAAACGCUUUGUCUCGAUUGUUCUCUUCCAGCAACGAAAACCGUAGUGAGAACCCACAGCAGUCGCCCUCACUGUACCCUCAGCUGUACAUAGGCUCUGUAGGCUGUAGCCCUGGCAUGGACAAAGGGUUUCUAUAGUAUCCUAAUUUUAAUUGCCGUGUUUGUGAAAUAGCCGUUUUUUUCUUGCCUACUGCAGCUUGAGUUAUCGUAGUGCUCGACCCCCCACUCUGACCCAAUGUGUAUUUUUCCAAGAAACCAAAAGUAAGCACACACGACCAUAGAUUCUCAAUGUAUCUGAAAGAAAUCGCAGCUUUUUACAACUUUCUAGUAACACUCGAGGACAAGUUUGGUACAUAUAUUUACACACAAGCCAAAUUUGACUUUCAAAGAAGACGAGACAGAGAGUUAUAUUUUCAGGUAUGUUGACUAUAACGAGCUUUUAUUUAGAUGUACUUGGUAGUUGGGUUUGUUUUUUGUGUACUGUUGAUUUCUAAGUCAUCCAGAUGUUUCUCUGGUGACUGUGAGGGAAAUAACACAGCCAAAGUUGGUCUAGACAUGUUUUUGCAGACCCGGGGUUACCUUUUGGUUUGUAUGUUUUGUUUUUGUACAUUUUUUUUAAUGUCACACGCGACACAGGGACUUACAAAAUCAGUUUGUUGCUGUCCCUUGCAUGGGAACGAUUGAGCUGGAUGCCACUUUUGAUGCACAGGUUCAAUGCAGUUUUGCAAAGGUGACAUCCUCCCCUCCUCUCCCCCCUCGCUUCUGUUUUGAUGGCUAAAACUGUAAAAUGAUGUCUGCAUUCUCGUGUGCCUAAUGUUAACCUGUGCUGAGAGACAGAAGAUGGAAAAUGUUUCAGUAGAACUCAGUGUAACAUUUACAAGUAAUCUUUUUUUAAAUUAAAUAAAAAUCAGUAAUAAAUAAAUGUUAUUCUGGGA